GGAGGAGGCAGCAGCGGCAGCAGCAAAGGCAGCUGCAGGGACCUCUCCAAGUUUGUCGGGACCUUCUUCGGAGGAGGCAGUGGCGCCGGCAGCCAGGGAGGCCGAGACUGCGUUCAGGCCGGGGGCGGGGGCUGAGGCUGGGCCCGGGGCUGCGGGGCCCGAGCCUCGGCUCUCCAGCUCUCUCAGCAGCCUCUGCCCCCAGGGCGCCCGAGGCCCCCCUCCGCGCCGCUCGCGGUGCUGUGCGCCCGCAGAGCCCUUCGCUUCCGUGCCGAUGUACUGGAAGCAUGAGAGCGCCGCCCCGGCACUGCCCGAGGGCUGCCGCUUGCCAGCGGAGGGCGGCCCCGCCACUGACCAGGUGAUGGCCCAGCCAGGGUCCGGCUGCAAAGCGACCACCCGCUGUCUUGAAGGGACCGCGCCGCCUGCCAUGGCUCAGUCAGACACCGAGGCCCUGGCAGGCGCUCUCGACAAGGACGAAGGUCGAGCCUCCCCAUGUACACCCAGCACACCGUCUGUCUGCUCGCCACCUUCUGCCGCCUCUUCCGUACCGUCUGCAGGCAAGAAUAUUUGCUCCAGUUGCGGUCUCGAGAUUCUGGACCGGUAUCUGCUCAAGGUCAACAACCUCAUCUGGCACGUGCGGUGCCUCGAGUGCUCCGUGUGUCGCACAUCGCUGAGGCAGCAGAAUAGCUGCUACAUCAAGAACAAGGAAAUCUACUGCAAGAUGGACUACUUCAGCCGAUUUGGAACCAAGUGCGCCCGAUGCGGCAGACAAAUCUAUGCCAGUGACUGGGUGCGGCGGGCUCGCGGCAACGCCUACCACCUGGCCUGCUUCGCCUGCUUCUCCUGCAAGCGCCAGCUGUCCACCGGAGAGGAAUUCGGCCUGGUUGAGGAGAAGGUGCUUUGCCGCAUCCAUUACGACACCAUGAUCGAGAACCUCAAGAGGGCCGCGGAGAAUGGGAACGGUCUCACGUUGGAGGGGGCAGUGCCCUCGGAACAGGACAGUCAGCCCAAGCCGGCCAAGCGCGCGCGGACGUCUUUCACAGCAGAGCAAUUGCAGGUUAUGCAGGCUCAGUUCGCGCAGGACAACAACCCCGACGCGCAGACGCUGCAGAAACUGGCGGACAUGACGGGCCUCAGCCGCAGGGUCAUCCAGGUGUGGUUUCAGAACUGCCGAGCGCGUCAUAAAAAACAUACACCGCAGCACCCGGUGCCGCCCUCAGGGGCGCCCCCAUCCCGCCUCCCUUCCGCCCUGUCCGACGACAUCCACUACUCUCCGUUCAGCAGCCCCGAGCGGGCGCGAAUGGUCACCCUGCACGGCUACAUCGAGAGUCAGGUACAGUGCGGGCAGGUGCACUGCCGACUGCCUUACACCGCGCCCCCUGUCCACCUCAAAGCCGAUAUGGAUGGGCCGCUCUCCAACCGGGGUGAGAAGGUCAUCCUUUUUCAGUAUUAACGCUACCGGCACUUGCGCAUCUGUCCAUGGGCACCGCACAGCUGCCCCUCAGCCGCUGAGAUUCAGCAUCCAGCUGUGGCCAGGGAUCCACCACCUCUGCAUACAGUCUCACCCACUGCCAUCCUGCCCUCUGCCAGUGGUCACCCCAACCCAGACCUGGUCUUUCCCUCUUUGAGAAGGCAGGUUCCCUGAAAUGUGGCACCAGCAUGAAAACAUCAGCCUGUCCUUCCUCAUCAAACAGGAAUCGUAGUUGACGUCGGCUCACAGCAGCAAUGGCAAACUGAAUCGCGAGUCACCAACAGCCUCCUACUUCACAGGUUUUCUCCCCACACACAUAUUGGCCUUUAUUUACUACUUUCUUAGAACCAUCUCUGAAUUCUGAAUAGCCAACAACCCCCAACAUUAUAUACUCUGUUGCUUUUGUCUGGAAAACUCUACAGUGUUUGUGGGAUGUCCCCAAAGGAAAGCUAUGUUCUAAUUUUAUCAUUUCCAUCUGUCUGGUUAUGUCAAGUUAACUCAGAAAAAGAAGAGAUCCUGACCAACCCUGAGAGGCCCAAUAGGGCGGAGAUGGAGGCCUGCCCAGAUGAAGAGGCAGAGGGGCAGGCAGGGGUGCGUGCCAGAGAACACCCCCCAUUGGCUUGGAGGAGUGGGACUGGGUACACUGGACUUGGUGGGGCGCUGACCGUUUCAUGGAGAGAAAAGAGCAAACUUGGGGAGGGGCCUCCCCUACCAGCUACACAGCAGGAGUCAAGGACAGUGUGUCCUCUGCAUAAUGGCACUGCUGAGUGUUUGGGUGGGCUGGCAUCAAGGACCCUUGUUGACCACUUCUCAGUCGUGAGAGGAGGCCUGAGCCAGUCUUCUCUGGGGGUGGGGUGGGACCAUUCAUACAGAUCAAGGAACAGAACCCAGUGAAAUGGUGGUCCAAAUAUUAGUUCCGAUUCAUGCUGCAGUGAAGAGAGGUGCCCAUGACCUCAGUGAGUAGCCAAGCCCAGGCUUUCAGCCGGCACCUCUGCAAUUUCCCCACCAACUCUGAGCAGAGCCAGCUCCACCCACUCCUGAGAGCAGAGGCCAAUUCCAAAUAAAGGUCUCAGGGUACACAGGUUCCCUUAUGUUUUCUGGGGUGCCCAUUUGUCCCACACUUAUCCUGUAAUUAUUCAACUACUUGGUGGCCUGAUGCGCUUCUCACUAGAGGCUGCUAGCAGCAUGUUUUCGCCAAAGUCCUCCUCCUUGCUUUGAGAAGGAGACUCCAGGACAGGGAAGGCAAGUUUCUAGAAUGGAUGCAGUUGCUGUCCUUACUUCACCCAUGACAGACAUCGCUAACUAUCACAGCACUCUAUCUCACGGAGUCUGGAUAAGGUUUCAGAAUCCCCAUGCUUGAAAUUAGCACUUGAUGAGAAGGACUGUGCUAUUUGCUGUGGGACCUGGAGGAGGGUUAGGCAUGGGUGCCGCCCCGGAAGGGAACUUUCAUCAUUUCCCUUCCAAAAUUGUCAGCUGACUGAGGACAAAGAGAAAGCACCUCCCAGAAUGCCAUGAGCGUGGUUCAGUUCAGAACUCCAGCAGUAGCCUGUGCCAGGCACUGACUCUAGCAGGAGGAACCUGGUCUGAUCUGGCUUUGGGGAACCCAGAUCUUUCCUCUGAUUUUGCUCCUAAUGAUCAAAACCCCAAUUGCAACCAUGUGGGAAGUGAUCAGCUGAACCCAGGUCACUCGUACCCACUCUGCCUUGAGCCUUCCCCCAGGGUCUAAUUUUUGUGUGGAUCACGUGGCAGUAGCAUGUUGCAGUUCAAAUGUCUCCACUACCCUGUUCAGAACAGCCUGGGAAUGUACAGGCCGUCAAGGCUAUUUAUUUAAAUACACACAAAAAAAGGGGGGAACACACAAACGGAAAAAAUAGUAAGCACUUUUUUUUGUAAAACCAAUGUCUGUUUUGUUACAUACCUUUCAUGUCGUGCUUUGUAAAUGUCUUAUUUGUGUAAUAAAUAAAGUUAAUGCAAGUAGAAGUGCUGGCACUUAAAUCCAGAA